AACAAUCGGGCAAAAAAGUGGAUCUUCAUGCGCACAUUCCCGGGAAUAUUCCAGCUGGCUUCAGGAUGAAGACACCGAUGCGUCAUGGAGUAGCCGUGUUUCUCGCCAUCACCAUGUGCACCAGCCUGUUGUUCGUGUACAGCGUCAGCUACAAUAAUAAUACUACAGCAUCCAGCGCGUCUAAGGGCGCGUCAGGUGAGAAAGUGGAGCCCACCAGUGCGCCCCGCGCGCCUCCAGCACUGCAGGGAUACAGCAGCAUCAUUGAGCACAAGCCUCUGAAGAUGCACUGCAGGAGCUGCGCGCUGGUCACCAGCUCGGGUCAUCUAACUGGUGGGGGUCGCGGAAAAGAGAUCGAUCAGGCGGAGUGUGUCAUCCGAAUGAAUGACGCGCCCACGGCCCGUGGCUACGGGGUGGACGUGGGUCACCGUACGAGCCUGAGGGUCAUCGCUCAUUCCAGCAUGCAGAGAGUGCUGCGCAGCCGCCACGAACUCCUCAACUCCAGUCAGGACACGGUCUUCAUCUUCUGGGGACCCAGCAGUUACAUGCGACGUGAUGGGAAAGGGCUGGUUUAUAACAACCUGCGGCUUAUGAACCAAGUGCUGCCUAAACUCAAGGUCUAUAUCAUCUCCUGGCAGAAAAUGCUCCAGUUUGAUGAACUAUUCAAGAGAGAGACCGGCAAAGACAGGAGAAUCUCUAACUCGUGGUUAAGCACAGGCUGGUUCACAAUGACUAUUGCCUUAGAGCUCUGUGACAGAAUCAAUGUGUACGGCAUGGUGCCUCCGGAUUUCUGUAGGGAGUCUCAGCACCCCUCUGUCCCAUAUCACUACUACGAACCGACGGGUCCGGACGAAUGUGCCAUGUACAUCUCUCACGAGCGAGGCCGGCGAGGCAGCCACCAUCGCUUCAUCACAGAGAAGCGAGUCUUUGCCAGCUGGGCUCGGAUGUUCAACAUUCAUUUCUACCAGCCGGACUGGAGUCCGCCGCCGUUACCGAGAAAUAGCACGGCAACCACAGUCUUUCCCCGAUCCCAGAAGACGUGACUCUCACCAGAGCCUUCAAAGAUCUCCAACUGCCUCAGACGGAUCACUGGCUAAUUCCUGUUGCCGUGUGGAUGGAGCUUUACGUGUUGGAUUGACUGAGAGAGACUCUGAUUCAAGGAGAACUGAUGCUUAAACCUUUUCUUUUGCACAUUCAUUGUUUCUUUAGGUACAAAAGGCAUUCCAGUAGGCUGUACGCAUCCAUAUUUCAGCAGCUCAUUGAGUAUCACAGUUUUAUGCGGCAUCUAGGAAAAAUUAGAAAGGGUGGUGGAUCAAAGAGCUCUAGAGUGUAUAGGAUCUGCCUGCAACAAAAUUUGUACUAAAGACAAUGUAAAACAGCAUUCGAAAGUCAUUUUACUUUGAUAAUAUGACAUAUUAUUGAAUGAAACAGGAUAGUCAUUGAGAGAACAGAAUGACGGCACUUGAUUUUAU